UUUUUUCAUCUACCCAAAAUUCAUUUCCGCCUACAGAACCCCAAAGUUUAAGUUAGAGCCAAAAUGUUUAAAUUACUUAUUUUAUCAUUGGAAUGCCUAAAUCCUUAGUUCUGCAACAUCGACGCCGGCGAAUAGCAGCAACGACAACAACCACGACGGCGGCAACAACCAUUAUCACGUCGACAACACUAUUCCUUGGCUACAGCAACAUCUGUGAUGACAUCGCCUCCUCUCUCACAAUCGUUUUCACACCAUCCCAUUAUUUCUCUACUGGAGCCGAAUCUGGAAUUGGUAUUGCGUUUUCACGUAUUUGUUCAUGGAUUGGUACAUAUUUUGAGCUAAAGGGAAACACAACUCAAAGAUAUCAGUGUCAAUCUUUUUGCUUAUGCAACUGGAUCAACGCUCUUACUGGAAAGAUUCUAGGUCAGUUGGAGGACAUAUAUCUCUGUGCAGUGUAUACAGUUGGUGUGAGCUUUCACCGGAGAGAUUCAUGCCCAACAUUUGACUCAUGUACAAUUUUAACUUCUUACACUUAAAUUCAACAAAUAACUUGUAUCCUAUUGUAUCUCUUGUCCCUCAAACAUACUCCUUUUAUUUUCUAUUUCUAAAAUGUGUUACAGAGAACCAUUAUUUUAGAGAGAAAAAG